AUUUAUUGAGUUUGGGCCUUCUGGUAUUCACAGCUUUUCUCACAGAACCCUCUCGGUCUCACUCACGUUUGAAUAUCGCAGUUCGCAAAGAGUUCUACUAUUAUCCAUUGAACGCCAUGGCCAAGAGUUCAUUCAAGUUGGAACACCCCCUUGAGAGAAGGCAGGCAGAAGCUGUUCGUAUCAGGGAGAAAUAUCCAGACAGAAUACCGGUUAUUGUGGAGAAGGCUGAAAGAAGUGACAUACCUGAUAUUGACAAAAAGAAGUAUCUGGUUCCUGCUGAUUUGACUGUUGGACAGUUUGUCUAUGUGGUCCGGAAGAGGAUAAAGCUUAGUGCUGAAAAGGCUAUAUUUAUCUUUGUGAAGAACAUUUUGCCCCCCACUGCUGCCAUGAUGUCUGCAAUUUACGAGGAAAACAAAGAUGAGGAUGGCUUUCUCUACAUGACUUACAGUGGGGAGAACACGUUUGGAUCAUUCUGAUUGCAGUCGAGCUGAAUUUAUGUAGAUAAGACUCCAAGGAAAUAGAAGGAAAGAUGUAAAUUCUUAGCAAGUGAUCUGGGUGGUGUCAUCCUUUUCAGUCCACGUCGUCUCUUCUUUAUCUGGAUCAUGAAGGCUCUCGAUUUGAAGCAGUAAAUAAAUAUUUAUGCGUCUUCUCCUUAGCUUGGUUUGAAUGGAUUAAAUUAUUAACUUAAAUAUGCCAUUUUAGUUUUAUUGUCAUCGGUGGUGAUCACUCUCUCUCUCUAUAUAAUUCAUGCAUCAAUAUUUGCCUCUAUUGGAGAACAAAAUCUCUCUUCCCCACUGUUGCAUGUCUAAGUUUCACUUCAGAGUGUAUAAUGAUUUGAAUGUCUGGUUUCAUCUU